AUGUUUAGUCACCUCAUCCCCGUGAUGUCGAAGAAGGGAGAGAAAGGCAAGGAAAAGAAGAAAGAAGAGCCGCCAGCCCCACCACAAACACUUGUAAAGAAGCCGUCAAAUUAUGGAGGAGGGCCCCAAAUUCCUCGACGAGACCGCCGAGUGUCAAGCAGCAUCUUUGGGGUGUCCAAGAAACGAGAGCUGAUUACUCUUCCAAAAAUUGCUGAUACACCUCCAGCCGGGAAAGAGGCCCUCUUCAUCCAGAAGCUUCAGCAAUGUGACGUUAUUUUCGACUUCAAGGAGGAUCCUCUUUCGGAUAUAAAGUACAAAGAAGUGAAGCGAGCCGCUCUGGCUGAAGUGACGGAAUACGUAAUAUUUGAUAGAGAUGCAAUUACGGAAGCUAUCUAUCCAGAGGCUAUUCAAAUGUUUCGUCUAAAUAUCUUCCGAAGUCUGCCUCCAUCAAUUAAUCCAAGCGAUGUUGAAUGUGAUCCUGAAGAAGACGAGCCGAAUCUCGAGGCGGCAUGGCCUCAUCUGCAACUCGUCUACGAGUUCUUCCUCCGUUUUCUUGAGUCGCCUGGCUUCCAACCAAGCAUAGCUAAAAGCUACAUUACGCCGGUUUUUAUCGUCAUGUUGAUCGAAAUGAUGAACUCUGAAGAUCCACGAGAACGCGAUUUCUUAAAAACGACGCUUCAUCGAUUGUAUGGCAAAUUUCUGACUUACCGAGCGUUUAUCCGUAAAACGAUCAACAACGUAUUCUACUCAUUCAUCUAUGAAACUGAGCGCCACAAGGGUAUUGCCGAACUUUUGGAAAUUCUUGGCUCAAUCAUCAAUGGCUUUGCGAUUCCGUUGAAAGAAGAACACAAAACGUUUUUGCUGAAGGCUCUGCUUCCAUUGCAUAAAGUAAAAUCUCUUCCAUCAUAUCAUCCGCAAUUGGCCUACUGUGUAGUGCAGUUUUUGGAAAAGGAUUCGACGCUCAUACAGCCCAUCAUUCAUGGCUUGCUGAAGUUUUGGCCAAGGAUGCACAGUUCAAAAGAGAUGAUGUUUCUGAGCGAAAUCGAAGAAAUACUCGACGUCAUCGAACCAGCGGACUUCAAACAACUUAUGGGUCCACUUUUCACACAACUGGGCAAAUGCGUUUCGAGUCCCCAUUUUCAGGUUGCCGAACGGGCAUUGUAUUACUUCAACAACGAGUACUUGAUGAAACUCAUUAAAGACAAUGCAAAGGAGGUGAUGCCGAUUAUGUAUCCAGCUCUUAACAAAUAUGGUGGCUCACAUUGGAACAAGGGUGUUCAUGGGUUGAUCUACAAUGCUUUAAAGCUGUUCCUUGAAAUGGAUCCGAAGACAUUUGAGGAAUGCAAGCAAAGUUAUUCGCAGAAACAUGAACUUGAGAAGCAACUCUAUGCGGAGAAGGCACAACAAUGGAAAAACGUUGAGAUAGCUGCUCGAUCAAACCCUGUUUGGCCAGAAGUUGCGACGAUCUUUGGCAUCAAUCAAACGGAAGACGAAGCAAAAAUGGAGGAUGAGGAAGCCGAUGAAUCGAAGGCGACAGUUGACUUGACGAUUGAAGAACUCGCCAACUUGGAUGUUUCUGGAGAACCUUCAUCGUCAACUCGUCGGACUAGCUUCAAUCAGAAAAUGUCCGACCUGCCUCCAGACGACCGAGUUGAACGAGCGCUUGAAGAGCAUCAGCAAAGGAACUCGCAUCUCAACACGGUCAAAGAUUCCGGCUGC